AGAAGCUUCUAAUGCCUAUGUUACUCUUUUCAAACCAUUUAUUUGACUUAGUUGGCUCUUGCUGGGUCCUAGUAAUUCACCCCCUCUUGACAAGUACCUGUCUCUCUCAUCUUCCAAACCAUAACUCCAGAUUCAUUCUAUCAGAAACCACAUCAGUUCAGUUCAGUCCUCCCACCGAGAAAUUCACAUCCGAUAUCAAGAUGCUCAACUCGUUCAUCUGUGGCACUUUUCAUCCUGAAGAAGGAGAAGAUGAUGAGCCCUAUUGGACCAACUUCCCUAGAUCCCCAGGGAAAUCCAGGAGGCACCGCUUGCUCAGGAGGAGCAGCAACAGCUAUGUUGGGAAGGAGAGCAAGAACCCGUAUGCGAACCGGGGGCUCGACAAGUUCUCGGCCCUCGUGGCCGACCUUGAGGAGAAGAGGAAGGAGAUAUACCUGCAGAGCGGGUCGCGGGACAUAGCCUUCGUCCGGUUCGUCACGUCGAGCUCGGACGAGUUCGUGCCGGUCGUCGUGAAGUCAAAGGAUCUUCAUCAUCAGAGCAAGGAGAAGAAGGCGGCAGAGUUGAGUGAUGCGAGGAAGAAGACUGCGAGUGCGACCCGUGAUCCGGAAACCAUGGUCGAGUCUCCGGAGGAGGUGAAAGCAGUGGAUGAACCCAAGGUGGAAUUGAAUGAGGAGGCAAAGAGGAAGAGCUUCUCAUGGAGGAGACCAUCUUGCUAUGUGCCUUUGGCUAUGAUCACGAUCUUGCUGUUGUUGGCUUUGUUUGGGAGGUCAUUUGCUAUUGUGUGCGCUUCCAUCGGGUGGUACAUGGUUCCCGCACUGAGAGGAAGGGGCUCGACUGUCGUGAAGAAGAAGAAGAAGAAGAUGGACACUUCUGGCAAGAGGGCGGGUGAGAGAAAGAACAUAGCAAGAAUUCGUGGAGCAUCUUCUCCCCCCAAGAGCAAUAACAGUGAAGAAAAUGGCAGGACGCAUCAAGAUGGGCAUUGUACAAGCUGGUGAAGAUGACCAAACUACCUUGAUUUACUCUUAAUUUGAUCUAACUUUUCAGUCCCUUUAUUGGGUCAUAGAGACAAUAUUUUGUUCAUUCUGCAGAGAAGAAAGGGGAUUUACUCUCUUAAUCACAUGCAAGGUUAGGGAUUACAUAAACGAUUUUUAUGUCUUGGCUGUUGGGAGGUCCUGCUCUUCUUUCUGGACAAGUCCUCAUAAAGUGCCUCUCAAAUGUAAAUUACGAUGCAUGAACCAAGUAGUUUGCUUUGUAAAAGCGAGAAGUAUGACAGCUUCUGCUCAUGCUAAGAUUUAAGAUUUACAUGCUUUUCGUUUGUUAUAUGGAAGGACUUCUCCAUGA